AUGGUGGAGAUGAAGGAGACACAACUGAAGGCAAUUCGGGAUUCUGGAGCAGAUUCUGGCCAGAAAAGGGACUUUGGUGUGAAAAGUGGCAAAAUGCAUGUAAGGCCUUCAGGAGAAGCCGGCAGGGCAGGGAAGAAGCGGCCGCCGGCGAAAGCCUGCGUGCACUUCCUGGAGACGAGCCUGGAAGCCAAGAACGCCUGUGUCCUGCUGUUGCAGAGCCGGCUGUUUGAGGAGCCCAAGCUGACCCAGCGCUGCUAGGAGGUCAUUGAUGUGCAGGCAGAGAUGGCCCUACGGUCCAAGGGCUUCUGCGAGAUCGACUGGCAGACCCUGGAGGUCGUCGUCACCCGGGAGGCCCUCAACACCAAGGAGGCGGUGGUCUUCGAGGCCGUGCUCAACUGGGCCGAGGCCGAGUGCAAGCGGCAGGGCCUGCCCAGUACCCCACACAACAAGAGGCACGUCCUGGGGCCGGCCCUCUACCUGGUCCAUAUUCCGACCAUGACCCUGGAGGAGUUUGCCACCGGCGCUGCCCAGUCGGACAUCCUGAUGCUGGAGGAGACCCACAACAUCUUCCUGUGGUACACGGUGGCCAACAAGCCCCUGCUUGACUUCUCGCUGACCAAGAGGCGAGGCCUGGCCCCGCAGAGGUGCCACCGCUUCCAGUCCUCGGCCUACCGCAGCAACCAGUGGCGCUACUGGGGGUGCUGUGACAGCAUCCAGUUUGCGGCGGACAGGAGGGUGUUUGUGGCGGGGCUGGGCCUGUAUGGGUCCAGCUCCAGGAAAGCUGAGUACAGUGUGAAGAUCGAGCUCAAGCACCUGGGGGUGGUCCUCGCCCAGAACCUGACCAGGUUUGUGUCCGACGGCUCCAGCAGCACCUUCCCAGUCUGGUUCGAGCACUCGGUGCAGGUGGAGCAGGACACCUUCUACACGGCCAGCGCCAUGCUGGAUGGCAGCGAGCUCAGCUACUUCGGGCAGGAGGGCCUGAUGGAGGUGCAGUGUGGGAAGGUGACCUUCCAGUUCCAGUGUUCCUCCGACAGCACCAACCACACCAGGGUGCAGGGCGGGCAGAUCCCCGAGCUCAUCUUCUACGCCUGAGGC